AUAACUAGCAUUCUUGACAAUAUAUAUAUAUCACUGCAUGCAAAGUAGGGGACACCAUUUUUCGGCCAUUGGAGGAGAUGGAUGCAUUUUGCAGGUUAAGCUGUUUCUGCUUAGUAGUGAUUUUGGUGGCAAGGGCUGGUCAUGGAGCAGAAGUCACUUAUGAUGGAAGAUCACUGAUAAUUGAUGGGCAAAGAAAACUUCUGUUUUCUGGUUCAAUUCAUUACCCUCGAAGCACCCCUGAUAUGUGGCCAUCUUUAAUAUCAAAGGCCAAAUUUGGUGGACUGGAUGUGAUUGAAUCCUAUGUGUUUUGGAACCUUCAUGAGCCCCAACCUGGACAGUAUGAUUUCAGUGGGAGACUUGAUAUAGUGAGAUUCAUCAAGGAAAUUCAAGCACAAGGUCUCUAUGCAUGCAUUCGGAUUGGACCCUUCAUUGAGAGUGAAUGGACAUAUGGAGGUCUUCCAUUUUGGUUGCAUGAUGUUCCAGGAAUCGUUUUUCGAUCUGAUAAUGAGCCCUUUAAGUUUUAUAUGCAAAACUUCACAACCAAAAUUGUCAGCUUGUUCAAAUCAGAAGGACUAUAUGCUCCACAAGGAGGGCCUAUCAUUCUUCAACAGAUUGAGAACGAGUACCAAAAUGUGGAGAAAUCUUUUGGAGACAAAGGUCCACCUUAUGUUCGAUGGGCAGCAGCCAUGGCCGUGGGACUUCAAACUGGUGUCCCAUGGGUAAUGUGCAAGCAAGAUGAUGCUCCCGAUCCCGUGAUAAACGCGUGUAAUGGAAGGACAUGUGGAGUGACAUUCGUAGGGCCUAAUUCGCCUAACAAACCAGCACUCUGGACAGAGAACUGGACAAGUUUCUAUCAAGUUUAUGGUGACAAGACCCCCUUAAGAUCAGCAGAGGACAUCGCGUUUAAUGUUGCUUUAUUCAUAGCAAGGAAGAACGGAAGCUUUAUAAACUACUACAUGUAUCAUGGAGGCACCAAUUUUGGCAGGACAGCGUCAUCAUACAUAAUCACAAGUUAUUAUGAUCAAGCUCCUCUUGAUGAAUAUGGUUUUCUAAGCCAACCAAAAUGGGGUCAUCUCAAGGAUUUACAUGCAGCGAUAAAGCUAUGCUCACAUACAAUACUCUCAGGAGUAGCAACUAUAGCAGCAUUGGGUCAGCAGCAGGAAGCCUACAUAUACAAUGGAGAAUCAGGAGAAUGUGCAGCUUUACUUGUGAACAAUGACAAUGCAAAAACAGUGGUGGUGCAAUUUCAGAAUUCUUCUUAUGAACUACCUUCAACAUCAAUCAGCAUUUUACCCGAUUGCAAGAAUGUAGCCUUCAAUACCGCCAAGGUAACCGCUCAAUGUAACGAGAGAUUGAUUUUACCAAAAUUGAAGUUUGACUCAGCCGACCAAUGGAGUGAAUUCAAAGAAGUUGUUCCCACAUUUGAAGAGACCACACUGAGGUCAAACUCAUUGUUAGAGCACAUGAAUACUACAAAGGACAGAUCCGAUUACCUCUGGUAUACUGUCAGUGUUGAUUCAUCAGAAACUCAGCCAGUACUCAGUGUAGACUCUUUGGGACAUGUUUUACAUGCAUUUGUAAAUGGAGCUCCUGCAGGUUCUGCACAUGGAACUCAUAACAAUCCAUCUUUUACACUAGAAAGAACUAUCAAUUUAAGUCAAGGGUUGAACAAUAUCUCCUUACUCAGUGCAACAGUUGGAUUACCGGAUUCAGGGGCAUAUCUUGAGCGCAGGGCUCUCGGAUUGCAGAGAGUUACUAUAGAAGACAAACAAGGGACCAAGGACCUUAGCAAUUCUUCCUGGGGAUAUCAGGUGGGAUGGCUGGAAGAAUCAAGUGCAGCUCAGUGGAGCAAAUUUGGUGCUUCUCCUCAACCACUAACAUGGUACAAGGUUCUGUUUGAUGCUCCUGAGGGUGAUGAUCCCUUAUCAUUAAAUCUUGGCUCCAUGGGGAAAGGUGAAGCAUGGAUCAAUGGGCAGAGUAUAGGUAGAUACUGGGUCUCAUUCCUCACAGCUGAUGGCUCUCCCUCACAGACCUGGUACCAUAUACCAAGAUCCUUUCUUCAACCCAAAGGCAACCAGUUGGUCUUGUUUGAAGAAGAAUCUGGGAACCCGCUUCAAAUUACAAUUGGCUCUGUGGCAAGGAAUAAAGAAUGUGCACUGGUAUCAAAUUCGAAUUUGCUGCAUGUAAAUUCAUCGAAGAAUCAUAAAAGAAAUUCAUGAAAGCAUGAGAAACACUUCGAUAGAAGACAAAGAGUUCAGCUGCAGUGUCCAGGCAUUACCAAAUCUUUAUUGGUUAAUGCACAAUGCUCAUGAGGAUGAGCAACUCAAUAUUCAUGUCUUAGAAGAGCACUAGCUUAUAGAAAAACAUACACAUAUAUGCAUACACAUGAAUCACAUACACAAGUUUCUGCCUGAAAUACAGACUUGUUCUCUGCAGAAUUAUAAACAAGUUUACAUUCUACAAUAUACAAUAUACGUUUCAGGAAUUCCAUCAGAAAAGA